GGGUGGCGGCUGGCCGCGGUGGCGGCGGCGGCGGCGGCGGGGGUCGCGGCCGGGGCCAGGCAGUCGUGACUUCGGAGGCGGAACCUUGGCGAGCAGCGCCCCCCACGUGAGGGCCCAGUCUGCCCACCUGAGGAUUUCAGGCCUCCCCCCCGGAGGCACCUGCCAAGAUGGCGUCAGCUGGAGACCCCCCUGCGGGCCCCCGGGACGCGGCCGACCAGAACUUCGACUACAUGUUUAAGCUGCUGCUCAUCGGUAACAGCAGCGUGGGCAAGACGUCCUUCCUGUUCCGCUACGCCGACGACUCCUUCACGCCCGCCUUCGUGAGCACCGUGGGCAUCGACUUCAAGGUCAAGACCGUCUACCGCCAUGACAAGAGGAUCAAGCUGCAGAUCUGGGACACGGCGGGCCAGGAGCGCUACCGCACCAUCACCACAGCCUACUACCGGGGCGAGAUGUACGACGUGGCCAACCAGGAGUCCUUCGCCGCCGUGCAGGACUGGGCCACGCAGAUCAAGACCUACUCCUGGGACAACGCCCAGGUCAUCCUCGUGGGGAACAAGUGUGACCUGGAGGACGAGCGGGUUGUGCCCACCGAGGACGGCCGGAGGCUCGCCGAUGACCUCGGUUUUGAGUUCUUCGAGGCCAGCGCCAAAGAGAACAUCAACGUGAAGCAGGUCUUUGAGCGCCUGGUGGAUGUCAUCUGCGAGAAGAUGAACGAGUCCCUGGAACCUGCCUCCAGCCCAGGCAGCAACGCCAAAGGCCCAGCCCUGGGGGACGCCCCGGCCCCCCAGCCCAGCACGUGCAGCUGCUAGAGAGGCCUGGAGCCCCGCCCACCCCCUCCAGCGUCUGCAGGGACUGUGAGCGAGGCAACAGCCGCUGGCCUGUCUCCAAGCUCAGGGCACCCCUUCCCCUCUCAUCAGCUGUACCCCCGUUCCUGCAUGGUUCGCCGUCACGUCGGAGGCUGCAGACCCUGAGGGUUCCACUGUGCAUUGCAGACAGGGUCCCCAGGGCAUGGACUUGCACGGUUUGCUGCUUUUCAGGGUUCCAUUCGGGUGGGCAGGCAGCAUGGCCCCCGCGCCCAGGGACAUCCACGGUGCCUUCUGGGUUAGAACCACUUUCCGGGGCUCGUCUGUGUUGGGCAUUGCCGGGUGUCCACGAGCUCGCUGAGGAGUGUUCUCACACAUGCUGCCUGGCUCUCGGAGAUAAUCUCGCGAGAUGUGGAGGUGGCUGCUCUAGUUCGGGUGCCCCAGGCUGGACCCUACACCUGCCUCAUGGUGCAUCCCGGACACCACGCUCCAAGAUGCAAUGGCAGUUUGCACCCCUGAAGGCCCCUCUCUGGUGGCCCGAAGACCCUGCACUCGCAAAAGCAGUAUUAAAACAGCGUUUCCCAUUGAAGACAGGUCGGGGAGCUUCAGGGAACCCCCAAAGU